AGCAAAAGACCUGGCCAUAAUCGAAACAGUCUGCAAAGGAUUCUAGGCGCUAGCGGUUCUCCAAAGAUAACAUACCGUCAGUAUUAGGCAACGGCAAUCGUCGCGUGCGUUUUAACCAAAUAAAAAAUCGAAAAUUACCUGAAAAACGGUUGAAAAAAGUGAAUUUUAAGUUUUGGAAAAGAAGAAAUUCCAAAGGCGAGGAGCAGUUAUAAAAAAGAUAAUUGCUCAGCAUCUAGUUUCUCAGCCAGGACAAAUAAACCCGAGACAAAAAAACAAACCAUAAGAAAUGGACUCUGCCGCCGCCGCCGCCGCCAAACGCGUCCAAAUCGAGAAGGCCCACAACUUUAUGCGCCAAUAUCGCGAUCCCGAGUCCAGGGAACUCAAGAAGCUGUCGGCCAACCAGUUCAUGGAUGUCUGGGCGCACUACGAUAAAGAUGGAAAUGGCUACAUUGAGGGCACCGAGCUGGAUGGAUUCCUGCGGGAGUUCGUGUCGAGUGCCAAUGCCACAGACAUUAGUCCGGAGGCUGUAACGGACACCAUGCUCGAGGAGCUGAAGUCCUGCUUCAUGGAGGCCUACGAUGACAAUCAGGAUGGUAAAAUCGAUAUCAGAGAGCUGGCUCAACUUUUGCCCAUGGAGGAGAAUUUCCUUUUGCUCUUCCGCUUCGAUAAUCCCCUGGAAUCAAGCGUUGAAUUCAUGAAGAUCUGGCGCGAAUACGACACCGACAAUUCGGGCUACAUUGAAGCGGAUGAGCUGAAGAAUUUCUUGCGCGAUUUGCUCAAAGAGGCCAAAAAGAUCAACGAUGUGUCCGAGGACAAGCUCAUUGAGUACACCGAUACUAUGCUCCAAGUAUUCGAUGCCAACAAGGACGGACGUCUGCAGCUGUCGGAAAUGGCCAAAUUGCUUCCGGUUAAAGAGAACUUCCUGUGCCGCCAAGUGUUUAAGGAGGGCAUUGACGGCGCCACAAAGUUAACCAAAGAAGAUAUUGAAAAAGUAUUCUCGCUCUACGACCGUGACAAUAGCGGCACUAUUGAAAACGAGGAGCUCAAAGGCUUCUUGAAGGACCUUUUGGAGUUGGUCAAGAAGGACGACUAUGAUGCCCAGGAUCUGGCCGCUUUCGAGGAGACCAUCAUGCGGGGAGUUGGCACCGACAAGCAUGGAAAGAUCUCCCGGAAAGAACUGACCAUGAUCCUGCUGACACUGGCCAAAAUAUCGCCCGACGACGAGGAGUAAGCCGGAUGUUCGAGAACAUACCACAAAGAGAUUUUAGCCAACUCUAUUUUUGUCACCCGAACGCGGGAAAUCCAGAAAUGAGGCCAAAAUGGGCUUCGAGGCAAUUGUUUACUUUAGAGCUGCAUUAAAUGGGGCAGCAAAUAAACCAAAAAAAAUGAAGGGAUAUUGGAAUCGGGGGAGAAUCGUGAAAGAUCCAAACCGAAACGAAGCUAUUGGUAACAUAAAUCUAAUAUAAAUGUUUCAAUCUUAAAUAAAUGUUUAUCGUACGUUAAGAUAUUGAGAGUAUAUUUCCCCCAAACUCAAACCGAAACGGAAAUUUAUCCAGUCAAACAAUUUGCAACACUAAAUCGAGCCACUUAAAGUAAACAAUUAAGAAAUGAUAACAACAAGAUCAGUACAUCGAUUUUAUAUUAUACUAUAUAUGUAUUUAUAUUUUCUAUAUGUAUUUGCAUAACGUAUUUUAUUUUAUUACCAAUUAAAAUCGAAAUAAAAGUAGUUAUAUUUAAGGAUACCACAUUUAUUUGAGACUACCUAAGUAAAAGCAUAUGUGUGGCUACAAUCUGUA